GUUUUUAUUUUAUACCGACAUUAAAACAUGGAUAAUACAGAAUUACUGUUUUUCGACACAUUUUCUCACGAUAUUUCGGAAGAAUUAAAUUUAGAUUUAGUACAAUUUCCCAAGCCUGUAUAUAUUAGCGAAGUGAGAAUUAUUCCACUAGGAGCUAGAGUGCAAGCUGACUUUCCCGGUGGUGUUCGUCUAGGAGCAACCAAUCCGUCGCAAUUUGAAAUUGAAUUUUUUGUUAAUGACUUGAGUAAGCCGGGUGCUUCAACAUUUGAAUCUCUUGGCGGUUUAGAGUACAAACAAAAUGUUCACAUUCAAUUGGAAUGCGAUAGAAAGCAUUUGCCAACAGAUGGUUUAGUCUUACGUGGGUGGUACACAACAAUAACAUUGGCCGUCUAUGGCACAUUAACAAAAUCUCUAAGUAAUCCGCAAGAAAUUCCAGGAUCUGCGGCUGCUCCUCCAGCCGCUGUUAAUAUUCCAGAAGAGGAGGUACCUGUAAAUAAUGUUCAAGUACCGGAGCAAGAACAAGACUGGUAUUAUGAAAAUCAGAGUCACGCUAAUACCCUGCAGGAAAGCUGCCCAAUAGCCGCACCAUCUCCACCGGUGCACGUGGCACCGGUUAGCGAGCCUCCAAGGACUCCGUUAGCCGAAUCCACAAAACCAGAGGUCGCACCAUGGAAAGAGAAAACGUCGCCCGUUACACACAAAACAGGAAAGAGACCUUCAACUCCGCCUACAGAGUCUCUUGUAUCGCUAAGCCCCGAGUCUAUUUCAGCCGAAGAAGAAGAUGGUGAGCGAGAGGAAGUGGAAGAACCAGGCGCGAUAGAGCCAUUCGAGCCAAUUUUAUCCGACGAGGAUGUAAUGGCGGAUGAUGAACCUUCAGCCAUUGACUAUGAAUGCGAAGCCAUUCAAAUGGACGAAUUAUAUGCAUUCGCUCCACCCGAGCUCUUGCAAUUGGAAAAGAAGGAAGAAUUUUUCAAGGAUAAGCUACAGGAGAGGUUGGAUGAGAAGUUGCGCGACCUAAUCGUUCCAUUAUCGAAAUCAGUUAUGAAUUUUACCAAUGCCUCUGGCCAAGAGAAAGAAACAUUCGUUCACAAUUCUGAAAAUCUUUGCGCGACACUUGACAACGUCGAGCUCAAUGCCAAGGACGUAAAAAAUUUGUCAAACAUAAUCGACACAGGACUCAAUGUGGAGCUCGCGUGCUCACAGCCACAGCCAGCAUACAAAGUCCGACACGUGAAAGUUGGCGUGAGAUUAGCCGAGGCUCUGUGCCGUCUGUCGGUGGGUCCGGAUAUUCUUUUACAGGUUAACGCGCCCAAGAGGCUUUUGACAUUGUGCACGCGAGAAAACGUCGCUCUACCCGUGAAACUCGCAGCUAUCAGAGCAGUAGACGCUGCCUUAAUCAGUCCAAAAAUCGUCGAGGAAUUUUCCAAAGUCGAUAGCGAGCUGUACAAGAUAACAUUGAUGAUGCUCGAAUCUGCGAAAUUAGCGAGACUUAAGUAUGCCCUUUGCUCUUUGUUGAGAAAAGUUCACGUUUACGAGCUGCUUGCGGAGCCGAAGGAUCUUAGCGAAUUGGAAAUUUUAGAGCUGACAAAGGCGUAUGCUUGCGCGACGACGUUGAUGUGCCAGCCGAAGCGUCAGCUACCCGCCAGCGCGCAAAUGGAGUUCGAGAGAGAACAAAAUCGCAAUCCUCGGAAGCACUUGAUCGCUUAUUUCGAGCAUUGGAAGCUCGCCAGUCGUUUGCUUCUGCUCCUAUGCUCCCCAAACUCCAAUAGCAAUCUGAUAAAAGCAAGCCGGGAGCUGAUAUCAUUAAUUGCCAAUACCAAGGAAGGACUUCUGUAUUUAUUGAAGGAAGCCCAAGUUACCAGAUCAUUAUUGAAAGUUCUUCAAUAUAAGAAGGAUGGAAUUGGAUGUACCAUUGCCUGGAGCUUACAAGUUGUCCAGUGUUUAAUCGCGAUGGUUCAUCAACCCGACGAUUGGGCUUGGCUUAGAAAAUUGCACUCCUUUCUCAUAUUUCCGGACGGUAUCCAGGCUAUAAUAAGGGUUGUACCAAUGGACAAAUUCAUCGACAUUCUUAUCCCCUGUCUUUCUAAUAACGAUCUCGCCGAAUUCGCAGCCGAAAUAAUAGCGACGGUCGUGUGCUACUCCAGCGAGGUUGAAAUCUUUCAAAAUCGGGCGGUUCAUCUGUUGGAGAAAUGCGCGAGCCAUUCGGUAUUGCGCGACGUCGUUCCACAUUUGAACGUCGCAGCCCAGAUCUCCAAUUGGAAUUACGGCGAUGUUACGUCGCUCGUUAGCAUUGUCCGAAAGAAUGCAUUUCCAGGAGAAUUGACGACAGCCUGCCGUAUACUUCAUUAUCUCGUUUUCCCAUCAAAUGACGAUAUCGAUCCAAUGGAGCCGUACAUCGAGCUAAAACACAGAAAUGCCUUAACGCAAUUGUUCGCCGCCGACGGACUGACAGCAUUGGUCGGAGUUUUGACAAACAUCGCCCAGUCCUUCGAGCAGUCUUUGCUUUAUUACGUAACAUUGAGCGACAGGCGACGUUUAGCUUUAUUUACAUUGUUGGUACCUUGCACGAGGCUAACCAGGGCGAUCCUCGAGCGACUCGUCAAAUGCAUGGCCACGGAUUUCAAAGACUCGACCGCGAUAGUUCCAUUACUCGGGGUUUAUUGUCUGAUCGAGGCGAUGCCACCGACGAGCUCUACGUCCAUGCUGUCCAAUGAAAUUGUCGAGACGCUUUUGGUGUUCACGCGUGCGGUAGACUCGGACAGCUCGGGCAACGUCGCCAAAUCAUUAUGGACACAGAUGCUUGGCGAAGUCUUGAAAAUGGUAUCGUCGAAUCCGUGCUUCUUCGUAUCAGGCGUGAAGCUUUUAGCCAAACUGUUGCCACCGAUUUUAACGUCGAAGGAAACAAGCUCCAAGGACAAAAUUCGAGUAUUGGGAUUCAGGAAAUUAUGGUCGGCACAUCUUCAAGCUCAAGCGAGUAGCCUUACCGAAACUCUCAGAUUGAUGUGCGCGAGCUGGAAUUCAGAACUACUUAUAUUUGUUUCUACCGUGUGUAAGCAGCUGAGCGAUUUAGCUGCACCAACUGCAUUAUUGGUCGGUAGAUGUCUUCUGGAUGGGAUUCUUACAGCCAAUCCAUUAGAUAAUAAUUUGCCAAUACUGGCUUUGCUACGUAAUCUAACGAGGCACGCGCCGAUGAAAGCGACUCUUCUCACGCUUACGAAUCCAGCGUCGCGCGCACAAGUAAAGUCCGAUCAAAAGUAUCCCCCUGUGAUUGAGAUGAUGUGCACGACAUUGAGAAAUACCAAGAUCGCCGAUGCUCAGAGGGAGCUAAUCGAUAUUUUUGAAACACUUUGCGAUUAUAAGCUUAGCUUCGUGCAGGAGAGCGGAGAACCGCUGGAGAAGCAAUUGGCUCACUCCGUUCCCAGUAAAGAGCCUUUACUUGUAAUUAUCGCUGCUCUGAUUGAAAUUCUGGCAGGUGCAUCCAAGUAUCCAGUCGACAUUGUCGAGACUACGUUAUAUAUCAUAAUGUCUCUAACCAGCCAUAAUUAUGGUCUUUAUCAUGUGAAGAGCUGCUUAGAAAACAAUCCCGACGCUUUAAGAAGUCUUCUUGAUUACAUAGCCGAAGCCGUUUCAGAGAAGAAGGAGCAGGGAAAAGGUGACUCGUUAUCAGAACUCGUUGUAAAUUUCAUAAAUAGUUUGACAUGUUGCGAAGCUCCUGGGAGAACGUUAUUUCUACGUAUACCGCAGAUAUCGAUAGUCCUCUCUUGGGAGAAGGAAGGUCAUCCGAUAAUGAAAAUCCCACAAGCCGCGGAAUUAGUUGAAGCUUUGCUAGCUGCCGAAGAUAAAGAAGAUAAAGAACCAAUACCGGAAAUGCUGGAGCCGUUGCUCUUACCACCCGAAGCAUUGUUGAAUCAGUUUGCUCAGCGAUCCACAGCCGCCGUUCCCAAUGAGAAAGAAAAAGUGAAUAAGUCAUUGUUAGAAGUACAAAAUGAUAAUACUGUAGAUUUAUUAGCAUUGGCCACGGAACUUUUGCCGGCGGAUUUUAAUUUAUUAGCUGAAGCGCAAAGAGUUUGUUCAAAAACGCCAUUUCAUUAUACAAGUCAUUCGAAGGGUCAAGACGAAUCUCAAGAUUCCAGGGAAACGCAGAAGCAAAUCAAUGCACCGACGACUAAAACGAAACAGCCUUUUGUUACACCAAUGCGAGGCAGAAGUCAGUAUUCUAAUUCCAUGAGGGGCAACUCGGUGGGAGGUGGCGUUGGAAGGGGCGCCGAUCCAUUUCGCUCUCGACCACCGAAUACCUCGAGACCGCCCUCGCUUCACGUUGACGACUUCGUGGCAUUGGAGACAUGUGGGGCACAACCGACUGGGCCCACCGGUUAUAACAAACUCAGUAUUCGAGGAUCGAGCCAAUCGAGAGGUGUUAUGUCCAGUUCACGGAGUCGACCUUGGGUAUCGGAGACUCGGCCGUCGUAUAUGCGCUAGUUCAUUCUAAUUAAUAUUUAAAGAAUCAAGUAAUUUAACAAGUUUUUUUUUUUAUUACAAAAAAUGUU